AUGAAACGAAACUAUAGACACUCAUAUUACCAAACCUGUACCACCUCUUUUCGCUCUCCCAACCGACAUAUUCUUUGGCAUAGCAUUCAGCAUCACGACCGGGAAGCGCAUUUAGACUUUUUAGGGGGGACCAACCCAACUCCCAGGGACAUUUUGAUUCAGGCGUUUUUGUUUUUUCCUAGUACCUCUCUUCUGCAUUUGGGAUACCCCCCAUGUUGGAUCACUUGGCUGGUAGCCAAGAUUUGUGGUUUAGAGCGGGACUGCUUUUACGGGCAAUCUCCUUGUGGAAUAAAGGAGAGUUGA